AUGGGCUCCCAAAAGAACGACCGCAAGCGACAGCGCUCCGAGGUCGAGGACGCUGUUGCCGCCGCAAUUGAAAGCCAAGAGCCAGGCGCCGUCCAGACAACCAAGCGAGCUCGAGUUGAGGAGCGCCGGUCUCUGUUCGUUCGAUCGCUGCCGCCCAGCGCCACCAACGAGUCUCUGGCAGAGUUCUUCUCGCAGCAUUUCCCCGUCAAGCACGCCGUCGUUGUCCUCGACCAGAACACUAAGCAGUCCCGCGGCUAUGGCUUUGUCACCUUUGCAGAUGCCGAAGAUGCUUCCGAGGCGCAGAAGGCUUUGGACAAGGCUGCAUGGGAUGGGAGGCGCAUCCGAGUCGAUCUAGCGGAGCGCAGGCACAGGAACACGGCCGACGACGCCGAGGAUGUGCCUCAUACCAAGCCUGGAAGGCCGGUCCCCCAGCCCACGAAACUUAUCGUGCGAAACUUGCCGUGGACCAUCAAGACUUCGGAACAACUCUCACACCUGUUCAGGAGUUACGGGAAAGUCAGGUUCGCCGACCUCCCCAACAACAAGGGCAAGCUCAAGGGGUUUGGUUUCGUCACGCUCCGUGGACGGAAGAACGCCGAGAAGGCUUUGGAAGGUAUCAACGGCAAAGAAAUCGACGGCCGAACUGUUGCUGUCGACUGGGCCGUUGACAAGGCCACAUGGGACCAGCAACAAGAAAAAGAGCAGGAGAAAGAGGCCAGCGAUGAGCCCAUCGCCCAGGAGGAUCCCGAGUCCGAUGAUGGCAGCGAGAGCUCUGCCGUAGGUACUACCGGCAAACCAGUGGACGACGAAUUGAACGCCGAUUUGGAGAAUUUCAUGAAGAAUCACCUUCAGAAUCUCGAAGAUGAGGACGAAGAAGAUGAAGACGAAGACGACAGCGACGAGGACAAGGCAACCACCAAGGAGGCCGAGAAGAAGCCGCAACGGAAGACAACCGACAACUCAUCAACGCUUUUCAUUCGCAACCUGCCUUUCACCUCGACAGAUGAGCAACUCAAGGGCUUCUUUGAAACCUUUGGAAGAGUACGCUAUGCUCGCGUCGUCUUUGACAAAGUCACCGAAAAGCCUGCUGGAACCGGCUUCGUUUGCUUCUUCAAGGAGUCAGAUGCCAAAGAAUGCAUCAAGGGAGCUCCUCGGCCCACGCCCGCUGCUGCCGGCGCCAAGCAGUCUCUUCUGCUUGACGAGAACGCAGACCCGAGCGGCAAGUAUACCCUGGACGGGCGGCUUCUUCAAGUGGCCCAGGCCGUCAACAAAGAAGAGGCUACCAACCUGGCGGAGAGCUCAUUGGCCAAGCGACAAGAGAAGGACAAGAGAAGGCUCUACCUUUUGGCUGAAGGUGCCAUCAGCUCAGGCUCCCCACUGUAUAACUUGCUUUCGGACCAGGAGGUCAGGAUGAGGCAGGCAAGCGCCGCACAACGCCGGAAACUGGUUCAGAGCAACCCCAGCUUGCACGUCAGCCUUACUCGACUGGCGAUUCGCAACUUACCGCGCAACAUCGGGUCGAAAGAGCUCAAAGAAUUAGCGCGGAAAGCUGUUGUAGGGUUCGCUCAGGAUGUCAAGGAGGGGCGACGGCAACCGCUUUCCAAGGAGGAGAACGCUAGAGAUGGCAAGGAUGCCAGAGAGAAGGAGCGCGAACGGAAGCUCAAGGGCAAGGGCAUUGUCCGUCAGGCCAAGAUCGUUUUCGAAAGCAACCAGGGAUCCAAGGUCACGGAGAAGAGUGGAGCGGGCAAGAGCCGCGGGUACGGCUUCAUUGAGUAUGUGUCGCACCACUGGGCCCUGAUGGGCUUGCGAUACUUGAACGGGCAUCAGCUCGAGGGAGACAACGGAAGGAAGCAGCGCCUGAUUGUCGAGUUCUCUAUUGAGAACGCGCAAGUGGUGCAGAGGAGGCGUGUGGCCGAGGAGAAGUCCGCGCAAGGGAACCGGCACAAGGGCGCAAAUGCCACCGAGGCUGCCAACAACAAGGUCAAAGAGCCCGAGGUGGUUGAGCAGCCCACAAAGCGGGCGCGUGGUAAGGGGCAGCGGGGCAACAAGGUCAAGGGACAGAUGCGAGGAGGUGAGGAGAGCAAGGAUGCUGAGAAGCAAGAGGAUAUGAAGCACAGACUCAUCGCGCGGACGAGACUCAUGCGGAAGAAGAAGGCCAAUGCGCGCAAGGGUUAG